AUGCAAUCCCAAUACGCCGCCGCAGCCAAUGUACCGCUCAUAAAAUCACCAGCUCUGCGGGUCCCUCCACCUGUCCAACUACCCCCUGACAUCCACCCGCUUCCAGACAGUGUGACACCGUACUUCGUUUAUCCAUUCACUCUAGAAUCCCAUGUCCUCGCGCUUGAAUCUUCUCGGCGGAACACCAUCGCAGCACAUGAAGCACGUCGAGAGGCUCUUCUCCGUGCGCGCGACGACGAGAGGCAGCGCAGAAAACGUGAGGCGCUCAGGAGGGUUGCACCAGGCUUCGAGGGAAAUGGCGCCGUCCUAAUGCCCGUCCGUGUCAACUCCGACACCAACAGUACCGGUAACGACGCGGCCAGGGAGCAGCAGCCCUCAGCUGGGCGAUCUGUGGAUGGCGCUAACAAUGGCCAUGGUCAGGUUGGCACGGUGGACGACCUAGUACACCAGCUUGCCAGGCUGGAUACACAGCAGCGCCAACCUCCGAGGUCAUAG